GCCAAACAGAUUUUGAGAGCUCUAGUGUUUAGUGUGGUUGUGAUGAAUCAAGUGAAGCCGCCAGUUCGCAGAAAUUAUUAGGGUUUUCUUUCGAGAAUAAUCUAGUCUCUCUUUCUCUCUGCCAAGUUGCCGGUGCAAUCAAGUUGCGCCGUGAUAUUUUGACGUUGAACGUACUUUUAUCUUCUUCCCCAGCAAAUCGACGCCAAGUUUUCCGUGAAUAAAGAAGAAGAAGAGCAAAAUGUCGAGGAGAGUAGCGGACGACGAUGAGGAGGUGGAUGAGGUUGGGGAGGAGGAGGAGUACGAGGUGCAGGAUCUGAGGGACCAGAUCAAGUCGUCUCGCGGAAGCAGAUUCAAUCUGAUAACCAACGAGUUGGGACUGGAUCAAGGAUCGUCGACGGCGAAUAGUCGGAGAAGGAGAAUGAGGUACUACCUGAGCAAGGAGAGCGUCAUCAAUGGCGUCAGAGGCCUCUCCAAGGGAAUCGGAGUUAUUCAUCCAGAUAACAGGUGGUAUCGGGCAUGGACGAAAGUGAUACUGGUAUGGGCAAUCUACUCGUCCUUCUUCACACCUUUCGAGUUCGGGUUCUUCAGGGGUCUGCAAGAGAAGCUCUUCAUACUAGACAUCGUAGGCCAGGUAGCUUUCCUCGUCGACAUUAUUCUGCAAUUCUUCGUUGCCUACAGAGACAGUCAGACCUAUCGAAUGGUCUAUAAGCGCACUCCCAUUGCUCUCCGGUACUUGAAAUCUGGUUUCAUCCUUGACUUGCUUGGCUGCAUGCCUUGGGAUAAUAUCUACAAGGCUUGUGGAAGAAGAGAGGAAGUGAGGUACCUUCUAUGGCUUAGGUUGUGUCGGGUGCGCAAAGUCACCAAGUUUUUCCAGGAUCUAGAGAAGGAUAUUCGGAUUAGUUACGAGUUUACCAGGAUCGUAAAGCUUCUGGUUGUUGAACUCUAUUGCACACAUACAGCAGCUUGCAUCUUUUACUAUUUGGCCACCACCUUGCCUCCUGUAGAAGAGGGGUACACAUGGAUUGGAAGUCUGAAGUUGGGUGACUAUAGUUAUUCUAGCUUCAGAGAGAUUGAUCUAUGGAAGCGCUACACAACAUCGCUAUAUUUUGCCAUUGUAACCAUGGCUACUGUUGGAUAUGGAGAUAUACAUGCAGUAAACAUGAGGGAGAUGAUCUUCAUUAUGGUUUAUGUCUCUUUUGACAUGGUUCUUGGUGCGUAUUUGAUUGGUAACAUGACAGCGUUAAUAGUAAAAGGAUCAAAGACAGAAAAGUUCAGGGACAAAAUGACAGAUCUUACCAAGUAUAUGAACAGAAAUAGACUUGGUAGGGAUAUCCGUAAUCAGAUCAAAGGCCACUUGCGUUUGCAGUAUGAGAGUAGCUACACAGAGGCUGCUGUUCUCCAGGAGAUCCCUGCUUCAAUUCGCGCUAAGAUUUCACAAACCUUAUAUUUUCCAUACAUUGUAAGUGUUCCUCUCUUCAAGGGAUGCUCGACGGAAUUCAUCAAUCAGAUAGUUAUUAAGUUACACGAAGAAUUUUUCCUCCCAGGAGAAGUGAUCAUGGAACCUGGAAAUGUUGUAGAUCAACUUUAUUUUGUCUGUCAUGGUAUACUGGAGGAGGUCGGUUUAGGGGAAGAUGGAUCUGAAGAAACAGUUUCGCUUUUGCAACCUAGCAGCUCAUUUGGGGAAGUCUCCAUUCUUUGUAACAUUCCACAACCUUAUACAGUUAGGGUGUGUGAACUGUGUAGGCUUCUGCGACUUGAUAAAGAAUCAUUUACAAGUAUCCUUGACAUAUACUUUUACGACGGGCGUAAAAUCUUGAACAACCUUCUGGAGGCCAAAGGACCUCAUGUCAAGCAACUAGAGUCGGACAUCAGUUUUCACAUUGGAAAGCAAGAAGCUGAACUUUCUUUAAAGGUGAAUAGUGCUGCGUAUCAUGGAGAUCUGUAUCAGCUAAAAGGUUUGAUCCGAGCUGGGGCUGAUCCCAACAAGACAGAUUAUGAUGGAAGGUCACCCUUGCAUCUUGCUGCACUACGAGGACAUGAAGAUAUUACACUUUUCCUUAUUCAGCAAGGAGUAGACAUCAACAUCAAAGACAAUUUUGGGAAUACACCCUUACUCGAAGCCAUCAAGAAUGCACAUGAUCGAGUUUCUUCUCUACUUAUAAAAGAAGGGGCCUCCUUGAAUAUAGAUAAUGCUGGUAGUUUUUUAUGUACAGCAAUUGCAAAGGGGGAUUCAGAUUUCCUUAAAAAGUUAUUGUCAAAUGGCAUUGAUCCUAAUUCCAAAGGUUAUGAUCAACGGACGCCACUUCAUAUAGCUGCCUCUGAGGGACUAUAUUUAAUGGCGAAGUUGCUGUUAGAAGCUGGAGCAAGUGUUUUCUCGAAGGACAGGUGGGGAAACACCCCAUUAGAUGAAGGUCGGAUGUGUGGAAACAAGAAUUUGAUCAAAUUGCUGGAAGAAGCAAAGGCUGCUCAGUUGUCGGAAUUUCCAUACCGUGCUCAAGAAAUUGCAGAUAAAAUGCAUCCAAAGAAAUGUACAGUGUUUCCGUUCCACCCCUGGGAUAGCAAAGAACACAGAAGAUCUGGAAUUGUGUUAUGGGUGCCUCCCACUAUUGAAGAGCUUAUCAACACGGCGUCUGAGAAACUAGAAUUUUUAGGUGGUGUGUGUAUUUUAUCAGAAGAUGCAGGUAAAAUUCUUGAUAUAGACUUGAUAAAUGAUGGCCAGAAACUGUAUUUAGUCACGAAGACACAUCUGAAAUAA